UGCUCCUGUGGCUGCAGACACCUUUCUCAUGACACAGAUGUCAAACCACUAUCAUGGACAAGCUAACGUUUGUGAAGGAGAACCAGGAGCGUAUCCAGACUGUAGAGAAUUCAUUUGGUCCGUCAGGGCAGCCCCUGUCUAAGCCGGAUCGGGUUCUGAUGGGAGAGGGUCGACUGAUAAAACAAGGUCGUCGGAAGCCUGAACCAAAGGCGUUCUUCCUCUUCAAUGAUGUGCUGGUGUAUGGCAGCAUCAUUCUGAACGGCCGCUGGCACAAAAACCAAAAGAUCAUCCCACUAGAAAACAUCCAGCUGGAAGACGUGGAGGACGGUGUGAUAUUGAGGAACCAAUGGCUGAUCCGUACACCAUGCAAGUCCUUCUUUGUGUCCGCCCCUUCAUACGAGGAGAAGCGGGCCUGGAUGGAUCACAUUGAAGACUGCCGGUCUAAACUGCUGCAGACUGGCAACUGCCAACCUAGCUUAACCUUUGCUAUUUCCUGGAUACCAGACCAUGGCUCCUACAAAUGCAUGCGCUGCCUCAGCAAGUUCACUGCAACGAAACGUCGACACCACUGCCGAAAAUGUGGCUUUUUGGUCUGCAAUUCGUGCUCCAAGACGCGAGCAGUAAUAGGCAACAUUCACCCUUCUAAGAAGCUGAGGGUGUGCAGUUUCUGCCACACAAGCAUGGAGAAAGACGGAUCUCGCCAGAGGGAAGACAGCACUGGGAAGAACAGCUCAGAGGAGGACGAUGUGGCAGCAUCCAGUGAUGACGAAGUGGAAGAGGAAAUCAUUCAGAACCACUCUCCCAGCAACUGGCUGGACACCCAGAUGGGCACUUGGGGACAGCUGGGCACAUAUGCGUACCCCAGAUCAAUAGACCAGUCACCCCAGUAAAACAUAACCAACACAAGACUGCUACAGCCUCACCAUCCUAUUAAACUAUGAACUGUGUUAUAACAAAAAGCACUGGACUUUUGAAUACACUCAGAUGACUGGGAAUGUUGACACAAAGCUGCUUUUAUUAAAUUGAGUAGGAACAUGUUUGGAGCCAGUAUAAAGAAUCCUUAAAGAUGCCCUCCAGUGUUUUAAAAUUUCUAAAGAUGCUCUGCUUUGAAUCAUGACUUCAUAUGGAUUUCCCAGACCUUCUUCAUUGAAAAAUCCAGAAUUGCAACUGCAAAUAAUUCAUACAUAUGCAAAUAUUUUCAGUUUCAAAAGUUCAACUGCUGGACACACAAUCUCUCCUACUUUACUGAAAAGUCCAUUCUCAGGGGUUUCAAGUUUCCACAUCACACAAGUUGCAUAAUCAGUUGUAAUAACAAAUCUCAGACUUUGACUAAGAUUUUUAGUGAGUGCCAAGAAACUUUCUCUCUGCAGGAAAUGAAUAUUAAAGAGGCCUGCUACUGUCAAACUCACAUACAACAUUUUGCACUGUGAAGUUCAAAUAUCACAGUCAGGUAACAGGAUGAAGAAAACAUUUUUGAAGGGAGACUUUAAGAGAGAGAAUUAUGUAUUUGUAGAUAUUUACUCCUGUCAGUGCUGCACUCUUUAUACCCUGGUUCAUAUAGACACACACUAAUUAUGAGCUGGUGUCAGAUGAUGUUGAGAAGAACAGUUUCUUCAGGCCUUAAAUCAAGUGUGUAUGUAUCAGUUGCUGUUUACAUGUGAAAAAGAAAUUACUCUUUAUAGCUUUAACUAAUGAUCUAUGAACAAUAAAGCAUUUACGAACAGGUAAAAUAA